CAACAAUCAACUUGUUUGUCUCUCUUUAACUUUUUAGUUGCUUUACUACCUUCAGCUGAGCCGGUUGCGUUUUAGCAAGAAAACUGCUUGGAUAAUGUCGGCCAAACCCAUUCUCUACUACGCCCCCCGCAGUCCACCAUGUCGUGCUGUUCUGCUGACGGCUGCCGCCCUGGAUUUGGAGUUGGAUUUACGUCUUGUCAACGUAAAAGCCGGUGAGCACAAGUCCGACGAGUUUCUCAAGUUGAAUGCCCAGCAUACGAUCCCAGUGCUCGACGAUAAUGGUACCAUCGUGAGCGACUCUCACAUUAUCUGUAGCUAUUUGGCCGAUAAGUAUGCCCCGGAGGGCAAUGAUUCCCUGUAUCCCAAGGAUCCUGCUCAGCGUCGCCUGGUGGAUGCCCGUCUGUACUACGACUGCGGUCACCUGUUCCCGCGCAUCCGGUUCAUCGUGGAGCCGGUGAUCUAUUUCGGGGUUGGAGAGGUGCCCGCCGACCGAGUGACUUAUCUGCAGAAGGCCUACGACGGCCUGGAGCACUGUCUGGCUGGUGGGGAUUUCCUGGUGGGCAACCACCUGACUAUCGCCGAUCUCAGCUGCAUUGCCUCUGUGUCCACGGCGGAGGCCUUCGCGCCCAUCGAGGCCGACCAGUUCCCCCGUCUGGUGGAGUGGGUCAAGCGGCUGCAGGCUCUGCCGUAUUACCAGAAGACCAACCAGGAGGGACUGGACAUGCUGGUGGGGCUGGUCAAGGGACUGCUGACUGAACGCCAACAGAAGUAGGCAUUACUGCAGAGAGAAAUUUCUAAUAUUUUUCACUAUUCAAAUGUAUACUUAAAACCUCAAAAGAGAUUCUCUUCACCGUCGUAUAUCAAAUACAUAAAUCAAGCAAUUCCUUUUAAAGGAAGAUUUAUAAAAAGAAAAUGUUUAUACAAAAACUACAGGAUACAAUUCUUACCAGGCAAAUGUUUUUGGAUAUUUGAUUCAGGUUAGUAUCACGCUUAAAAGAGAACUUAUAUGUCAAUAAAGAUUUUAUAACCAUUUAGUAACAGUUCAAUAUAUUUUUAAUAUUUGUUUGGCUA